AGGUUUGUGUUUCUCUGUUUAAAUCGCUGAUAAUGAGGUUUCUUCUGUCCAUAUAUUUUCAUAUUUAGAGAACUCUUCAGUCAUGUUUUCCUUGAAAUAUAGAAAAAAAAGCGUGUCCCUAAUAUUCUCAAAUUUUUUAUUAAGGUCCACCACAAGAUCAAAAAAAUUUUCACUAUUAGUUGGUCUAAUCAUUUUGCUGCUCCUCUAUCAUGUUAUAUCAAUAGAAAAAUUGACCAAUUAUUCAAAUAGUCUUCCACUCUAUCCAUAUUUUCAUUCCAAAUUUAUAGAACACCAACUUGAUCAGUUGAACUCUCCUAUUUCUUCCUCAGUAUAUUACCAUACCAAUUUUAUACCUUAUAAUUUCACUUUAUUCAAAAAUCCCUUUAAUAUAAAUUUUCUAAAAAAUUAUCAAAUAUCUCAAUUAAUUAACUUCAAUCCAGUUUUAUUUGAUUGUAACUCUAUUUCUAAUAACUAUGAUGUUUAUAAUCACAACUAUGGAAAAAAAUAUAAUAAAAACAAUUUUUUAAUAUCUUAUCCAAAGAAAAAGAUAUCAUUAUCAUCAAAAUCUCAAUAUCUCAAUGAUUUGAAAAUUUUCAAAUCCCAAAUUAUCAAUUCUGUAUAUUCAGAUCUACUAUCUCCACUGGAAUUCAAAAAGGACUAUACAACCAGAAAUCUUAAAAAAAGUUGGUAUCAAUAUGGUGCAAGUUCAAUAUUUUUUAAAAAAAAUGAUCUAUUCUUAUUGACUAAUAGAAUUGUCUAUUCUGACACCGAAAAAAGAUCUUUUGCAAGAUCGAGUUUUUUAUCUUUUCAAAUAUAUGACAAGAAUUGGAAUCAACUAUAUUCCAAAAACAAUAAACAUCUAUAUUGCUUUGUUAAUCCGGAUUUAUCGAAUUUAAAAUGUUUCAAAGCCCCUGCAAUACUAGAUAUUCCUUUUUAUUUUGAACUUAAUCAAACUUCAAGAUUUUUUGGUCCUGAAGAUCCAAGGAUCUUAAUCAAAAAAACUUACUAUAAUUUUUAUAAUAAUCAAGAAAACAGAACUUUGAUAGAUUCAAUUGAAUUGGAAGAGCCAAUAAUUAUUUAUAAUAAAAUGACAAAUCAUACUUUUGAUUAUUACCGACUAAUUCAUGCUUUUUUACCCUUUCAAAAUAAAGAAAUAACUUUCACUUUCAACAAGCAAGCAAAUACAGAAAUUGAAAAAAAUUGGCAACCCUUUUUCAAUUCAAAAAAUAUUAUCGAUGUUUAUCUUGAAAACAAUGAAAACGAUAGAAAUAAUCCAACCCAUUUCACAAACGGUUAUAUUAAUUUUAUUUAUUCAAUUGAUCCCUUGGAAAUUCUAUUAUGUAGCUUAAACACUGGUAUAUGCAAUUUCCAAUUUCAGGAUAACAUUUACUGGAAUUCCAAAAAAUUAUCAGUAGAUCCUGUUCCUGAUAAUGAAAAUAUCUUAUUCAAUAGUGUAGUGAAUAAUGAUAAAAUUAGUGCUAUGAGAGAUUACAACAUUUUCAUUGGAUUUCCAAGAACUCAUAUUGAUGAUUGUGGUUGUUGUAAAGUGACUUAUAGACCAUCGUUUAUUGUUUUAUUAAAUUUGAAAAAUUCUUCAACCUAUCAAAUUAAUUCAAUUUCUUCUAGUUUAGAUUUUAAUAUCGAUGUUCUAAAUUGGAAAUUGGCUGAACAAUUAGAUUCAUGCAUCGGCUUUCAAAAUGUUUUAAUUCCAAAUAGUAUAUCAUAUUGGGAUAUAUUUAAUAAUUCAAUUUCAAUUGUUGAAAAACAAAAGAACAUUAUCAAUAGCUCAAAUUCCGAACUGGAUACCAAUAUAGAAUCAAAAUCAGAAUUAGAAUUGGAAUUUGAUGAUUAUAUGGGUCUUAUGUUAACUGAAGCUGAUUAUUCGAAUGUGUUGAUUCAUAUUAGAGGAUUUCUAAAAUUUUUAAUCAAUGAACUUGACUUCUUUAAAAAGCAACCUCAACACAAACUCGCUAAUUCAACAGAUGGUUUAUCUAAUGAAGAAGCUCAAAAUGUAUUAAAAAAAAUUAACAGUAAUUUACUAGUGCAAUGUGCACUAGAAGAUUCAAAACGAUAUUGUAGUGAAUAUGGAUUAAGCCAUAGUCCAUUUGUUCCCAGUAGUCAUAGAAAUAAGAAUAAAAAUCCCUCCUGA